GGAAUUAUCAGGAAACAGAUUCAAGAUGCAUCAAGAAGUGCAUAAAAAGCAGAGCGGCACUAAGCUGUAUUCAAACGGCUGCAGGAUGGAGAGCUGAAAGAGCCAUCACCGAAACCAAACCCUUCUGCACCGCUGCACCUCGCGCUUCUUCUUCUUCUUCCCCCCCUUCACUUCCACCUGUUUCUGCGUUUGCUGCACUGUCUGUGGCUUUCUGUGAUGUCACCGGGUUCCUCCGCCGCGUAGCCGAGGAGACAGACCGGUCCUGCGCUGACAAACACAUAAAACAGCUGACAGCCUGAAGAGAGAGAGAGAGAGAGAGAGAGGGAAGGAAGAGAGAGCUUCAUCCCUCCGCAGCUGAUGAGGCGAAGCGGUGGAGGGGACUCUCUGAAGCGGCACCACCUGGACCUUCUUUAACGGGACAGAAAGUUGGAAAGUUGGUGAUUUUUGCAGAGUUUUAUCCCGCGGUCUUCCCCUCGGUCUCGGCAAGCUGCGACCAGACAUGGCGUACUCGAACGAGACAGACGGCGUGGGCAACAGAACCGGAGAAUGCCACCCCAUCGACGACUUCCGUAACCAGGUCUACUCCACGUCGUACUCCCUCAUCACGGUGCUGGGGUUUGUGGGGAACGGCUUCGCCCUGAUCGUGCUGAUCAAAACGUACCGCCAGAUCACGCCCUUUCACGUCUACAUGAUGAACUUGGCCAUGUCCGACCUGCUGUGCGUGAUGACUCUGCCUCUGCGGGUUCUCUACUAUGUCCGAAAAGGUCAGUGGGAGCAAGGGGAUUUCCUCUGCCGCAUCAGCUCCUACUUCCUCUACGUGAACCUCUACUGCAGCAUUUACUUCAUGACCGCCAUGUCCGUCACGCGGUUCCUGGCUAUAGUUUAUCCCGUGAAGAACUUGGGGAUGGCCACGGUCAACCGCGCUCGCUUUGUGUGUCUGGGGAUAUGGGUCUUCAGCAGUUUUGCAUCUUCGCCCUUUCUCAUGACUGGUCAAUCCUUCGACCCAAAGUCAAACAAAACCAAAUGCUUCGAGCCACCGGAAUACAAUAGUGAACGUCUACCCAAGCUGCAGGCGCUGAACUACUUUGCUCUAGUGCUGGGGUUCAUCCUGCCCUUCCUGGUUAUACUAAUCUGCUACGCCGGAAUAGUCCGCACUCUGCUUUCUCGCAACCCGGCUGCCCGUCGACAGAAGAGCUCGGCUUCGAAAGCCAUCAGGAUGAUCGUCAUCGUCCUGCUGACCUUCCUGGUCAGCUUCAUGCCGUACCACAUACAGCGCACCAUCCACCUGAGUCUGCUUUCCACGGCGAUGACCUGCGAAGACAAGAGCUUCAUGCAUAAGUCCGUGGUGGUGACCCUGUGCCUGGCCGCCUGCAACUCGUGCUUUGACCCCAUGCUGUACUUCUUCUCCGGAGAGAGCUUCCGCAGUCGCCUGUCCUCCUUGCGCAACACGAUGAAAAACAGCGCCAUGCGUCGCCCGUCCAAGAUGAAGCAGAUCGUGAGCUCAGAGUCCGGGGAGAACCAGAACCAGGUCGAAGGCUUCACUCCGGCAUGCCUGGCAGAUCUUCGAACAAGCAGAGGGUCUUUGGUUAAAGCAGGGAAUGAAAGCAACAUAUAAAGGAAACACGAAAGGAAAAAAAAACUAAUUUUUUUUUUACAAAUGUUGCUGCAGCAUGAGUAUUAAACGUUCAGUAAGUUAUAAGACUAAUGAAGACAGGUUUCAUUGAAAUGGAUAUUUAUUUUUCAAAAGACUGCUUAUUUAAAUGAGUAAUAUAAUAUCACACGAACAGUAAACAGCAACCUGUUGUACUUCAUAGGUUAGUGUAUGAUCAUAUCGUUGUAGGAAUGCGUCCUGGAUAACGUUUUAACAGAUGUUUUGAACCCUGAGUGUCAUGAAUGUGUCUCGUUUCUUAUGAAGGACAUGUGCCGUCUUUGUGAAAUGCUGUGGACGUAAACACAACGUCAAGACAAUAAAUCAUGUGGAUAAAUCAAUA